AUGGGCAAAGAAUGCGAAAUAAUAAACACAAUAAAAAUAAGAAAGUUACAAUAUCUGGGACGCGUAAUGAGGCGACAGCUAAGGCUCAUAAUACAGGGAAAGAUAAGAGGAGGAAGGAGUAUAGGAAGAAGGGGAGUGUCAUGGUUGAAGAAUUUAAGGAACUGGUUUAAAUGCAGUUCUCUAGGACUCUUUAGAGCAGCAGUAGAUAGAAUAAUGAUGUAUCACACACUUAAAAUGUUUUUAAAGAACAUCCAUAAACGCCUUUACCAAAUACUUGACAUGGAUAUUAAACUUACAUUCAACGUAUGUACGUCUAUAUCGUACAGAUAUGUACGACACACAUUAAUGAACUACUUGGAGGAGAGACAACUUUUUGCUAUGAACUCGUUUUUUAACAAAAAACCACAAAGAAAAUGGACAUGGAUAAUUCCCAACGGUAAUACAAAAAACGAAAUAGAUUACAUCCUUACAACAGAAAAAACCAUCAUCAAAGAUGUUACAGUACUGAACCGCUUCUCAACCGGUAGCGAUCAUAGACUUGUCAGAGCCAAACUCAGGAUUAAUAGCCAAUUCGAAACAAAAAAGAAAAUAGAAAAUGUAUCGAAACUAGAUAUGGAAAAACUUAAGCAAUCAAAAGACGAAUAUAAACAAAAAAUAAAGGAAAGUAUACCGGUCACUAGAGAUUUGGAAAACAAAAAUAUCGAUGAAAUAAAUCAGCUAUUAACCGAUACAUUAGCAAAGGCGGGAAAAGAGGUAGCACAAACAAGAAUAAAAAAGGAAAACUAUGUAUCCCAGGAAACAAAAAAUCUCAUGAGUAAAAGAAAAACAUUACUGGAACAAGAUAAGAGAAACACAGUAGAUUACAAAGAGGUAAACAAAGCUAUCAGAAGGAAUAUCAAGGAUUAUAAAAGGAGAGUACAGGAAGAAAAAAUAGAAAAAGCAAUUGAACAAAAUAAAAACAUGAAGUGCUUAAAACCACAGCUUGGAACCAUACAAAUUAAUAGUAUAAAGAACAAAGAAGGUACAGAGACCAAUAAUGUAGAAGAAAUUAUACAGAUAACACAAGAAUAUUAUAAAAACCUCUACAAUACAAAACAGAAACCAACCCAAGAAAUCCUUAAGCAACUACAAAUAAAAAUAAAAAAUGUUAAUUCCGACUUACAACCAGAGAUCAGUAAGAACGAGAUAAGAAGAGCACUCAAAGAGAUGAAGAACAAUAAAUCGCCAGGAAAAGACGGGGUGACUGUAGAAAUGCUAAAACAUGGUGGGAAAACAACUAGAGAAGUUUUGUACAUACUUAUGAAUAAAAUUUUAAUGACAAAACAAAUACCCAACAGUUGGAACGAAGCAAUAACACUGUUACUAUUUAAGAAAGGAGAUAAAAAGGAUCUAAAGAAUUACAGACCCAUAACUUUAUUAAAUGUGAUGUACAAACUAUUAACCAAAAUAUUAACAAAUAGAUUAACAACUAAAUUAGAUGGAUACCAGGCAAGAGAACAAGCCGGAUUUAGAAAGAGCUUCAGUACAAGUGACCACCUUUUAACGAUGAAGAUUUUAAUCGAAAAAACUAACGAAUAUCAUAUCCCGCUAUACAUGGCAUUUAUUGACUUUGAGAAGGCAUUUGAUAGUGUGGAACACUGGGCAGUACAGAAUUCCCUACAAAACAGCAGAAUAGACUACCGAUAUACCGACUUAAUUACAAAUAUAUACAACAAGGCAACAACAACUAUUAAGCUAAUGAAACAAACGGAGCCUAUUAAAAUAAACCGAGGAGUAAGACAAGGAGAUACCAUCUCGCCCAAGUUAUUUAACCAAGCGCUAGAAGAUGUUUUUAAACGACUACACUGGGAUGACUUGGGAAUUAAUAUAAACGGGCAAAAUCUGAAUCAUUUACGAUAUGCUGAUGAUAUUGUAUUAAUAACAGAAAAAAGUGAAGAAUUACAAAGAAUGAUGGAAGAACUAGAUAGAGAAUCGACAAAAAUUGGACUCAAGAUGAAUUAUAGUAAAACAAAAACCAUGACUAAUCAACCAGAAGAACUUAUAAUUACAGUGGCACAAACAAAAAUAGAACAAGCAUCAUUCGGAAAACUAUCUUAUAUUCUAAAGAAUUCAAAAUACCCCCAAUACUUAAAAACGAGAGUCUUCAAUCAAUGUAUACUCCCUGUCCUCACAUAUGGCUCUCAGACAUGGACGUUUACAAAGGAAAAUAUGGAAAAAAUAGCAAAGACAGAAAGAUCCAUGGAAAGACAAAUGCUGAACAUUAAACUAUCAGACAAAAAAAGAAACGAAUGGAUCAGUAAUAAAACAAAAGUGAAAGAUGUCUCAACCCAAGUAGCAAAACUUAAAUGGAAGUUCGCCGGACACACCCUAAGGCAGAAAGAUGAAAGAUGGACUAAAACAAUUAUCCAUUGGAGACCAUGGAAUCACAAACGUAAAAGGGGAAGGCCACAAACAAUGCGAUGGUCAGAUGACCUGAAGAAACACGCCGGGUCAAAAUGGAUGCAAAUUGCCCAAAAUAGAGAGGCAUGGAAGAAGGAGGAGGAGGCCUAUAUCCAAGGAUGGAUGUUAAGGGCUGCUGUAUGUCUGGAAUUAUUGCUUGCUGAAGUUUCUUGCAACUGCGGUAGACACUAUCAAAGACCCAAACGCACCGAAAAUUUCAAAACCGAUUCAGACGAUUCGACAGAGUCCGGGGAGCACUCAAAAUUUUUCAAAAAAUCAAGUUGCAAACGAAAAAUGUCAGAAAGGAAUAUUAUACGCCUGGAAAACAAUGUACUAUUGCAAAACACUGAUAAUGAAUACCUACACCAUUUAAUAAAUACUUGUUCUAAUGUGUAAAUGUCAU